CAAAACAUUGUGGAAGCAACACGCAGCACGCUGGCGACAGCAUGCAAAGCAUGGUGUGGUGGUUGUGACCUGUGUGCUCCUGUUACGGGACGCGUUCGCUGCUCACUCAACAGAACACUGACCUGUGUACUCAAGAAGUAUACAAAAGGAAAGGGAGAACUGUUCAAACUGUGUUAAGAGUUGAGACAGACUCUAGGGAGCAGCCAGCAGCACACGAGGCGUGAUGGUGGCGGUGCAGAACGAGAGUAAGAUGCCCCAGCGGCAUAGCAUGAAUAUCCCUCGGAGCGUGCUGAACGCCUUCAGUGAUCUGGUAAAGAAUGGGGAGAAAACGCGAACAGCCGCAGCAAUGUUGAUCCUGCAGCAUGUGGAGGAGGUGCUGCGGAGGAAUGAGCAGCCGGAGGAGAUGCCUGAAGGUGUGAAGUACAUCAUCAAUAGGCUGGUGGCUGGCCUUGCCUCUUCCCACCUCAUGGCAAGGGAAGGCUACUUCUCUGCCCUCUGCUACCUCCUCCGCCUCAAUUCAUCAUACUUCAGUCCUCAGUUUGUCUUCUCCCUCCUGGCAGACAAGAAAUCUGCUACCAUGAAAAGUGUCACUAAGGAUGAAAAUCGGGACCAACUUUUAGGUGAGUUGCUUCUAUGCGGUGCAGUGGUGCGGUCAGGACGUGCCGUGGAUCAGGAGGUUCUGCAGCAGGUGGUGAACAUGCUGUGUGCCAUGCGAGCCAAGAAGAGUUACCUGGACAUCACUGCCUCACAGUUCCUUGUCAACCUGAUAGAGAGUUAUGAAGGAAACAGUGUGCAUCCAGUAGUGUGGGGUAGUCUUCAGGCAGAGCUGAAGGGCCCCAUGGAUGAUCUGUCACCAAGCCAGGUGUGGAUACGAUUGGUAUUGCUGAGGAAGCACCGUGUGUCGCCCCCUGUUUGGCUCACCUCCACACUGGCACCCAAGAACCAUGAGGCACUCGUCCAAACACUCAUGAAAACUGCCAAUGAUCUGCCAAAAGUCCAUCCAGUUGUAGAGGAACUAGUGACCAACCUGGCGGCAGCCCGGACCUCCUCCUCCUUGCUGACAAAGUUCUUGCAAGUAAUCCUGGAGCCACUGCAGGGAAGCACCUCUCCGGCAAAACUGCAAAUCAUCUUUCAGCUGUUGAGGUACAUAGUGCCACAUUUAAGGACACCAUCGGAAUUGAUGGGGGUGGUGACGCCUUCGGUCAUGGCUCUGCUGCUCAACUCCCUCACCCAGCACACCCAGGACCUGAGGGAUGCUGCCAGAGGGGUCACUGGCGCCUUGGUUCAGCUAGUGAAAGACAGUCGGCAGGAAGAUGGUGAGCUGCAGCUGGCAGUGGUGAGUGUGCUGGUCACCCCACCAGGCAGUGUGAGGUUUGACCAGCUGACGGGACACAAGGUGCUGGCUGUGAUGGUGCCACACUUCACCCUCAACACUCUCAAGGGCUUCACCAAGAUCCUCCUAGAGGAGAUGAACAAGCCGGUCAAGAAUUUGGAGGUGGCCAACAGGAACUAUGCAGCCCACACCAUUGGCAACCUGCUGACACAGCCUGUAGCAUACACACCUGAGGCAGCCACUUGGAAGAAGCAGCAGCUGAUGUCACUCCUGAAGGCAGUGGUCUUCACGCCAAGGAAAGAGGAAGGGGAUACCUCAAAGGAUGCCUUCUUCUCGGUCCUUGGGAAGCAGGUGGGGUACAUCAGGGAGUACAGUAAGAUUGUGCUCAGUCUGGUGGAGGAGAUAGACCAGGAGAUGAAGGUACUGGAGACUGCUGGUUCCUCCUCUUGCCUGAGUGAUGAUGGUAAAGAGCAAUGGGCACUGGUCAUUUCCAGGCUGGCAACCCUUAAAGGAAAGGAGUGUACAGAGGGAACAGAAACAGAGAUAGCCAAGAUAGUUUUUCAGGUGUUGUACUGUCAGAUGGCACUCCACCUCUUUGUUGACGUGACAGUGGCCAAGGAAAGCAUCACAGAGUUCAUCACGUGCCAUAGAGAUAUUAGGAAACUUGGCAUGCUGAAGGGUGAUGAUGAUGAAGAUGAUGAUAAUGACAAUGACAAUGAGGCUGAGGAAGAAGAACGACCUAAUUGGGUGGAGGUGUUGACGGAGAUGCUGCUGAGCCUCUUGACACAGGAGAUGCACCUCUUCCGCAGCGUUGUGCAGGGCCUCUUCUGGCUACUAACACCCCACAUGACUGCUACAGCACUCAGCCUCCUCACUGAUGUCUUGGACACUGAAGAGGCUCGCCACCUGGUAAAAAAGGACACAGAGGACGAUGACGGGGAGCAGGAUGAUGAUGAUGAUAAGGAUGAUGGUGAUGGUGAAGAAGAUAAGGAUGAGAAUGAUGAUGAUGAAGAGGAGAGUGAGGCUGAGGAAGAAGAAAUUGAUGAAGAAGAUGCAGACCUCUUUACUCUUAAACAGAAAAUGUUUGAUGUUGCUGGUGGUAUUGAUGUGGAUGUGGACAUGGACUCAGUACCUCAGGAGGAGCUGGACCGCCUGGAUGACCGUCUGGGUGCCCUACUGUCAGAGUAUCGAGGGAAGCACCCCAUCAGGAAGAAGAACAGGAAGAAGGGUGGUGGUGGCAGUGACGGCCCACAGCUGUCGGCGGAGGAACAGAGCCUCAUGCAUUUCCAGACCAGGGUAUGUGACAUGCUUAUUGUGUACAUCAAGGCUGGCUCCAACAUGGCCCUGUAUUUGGGGCUGGUGAAUCCUAUCUUCAAGGCACUGAGCACAGCAGACCUUGAUAGCAGACAGAAGGACCUGCAGAACAAGCUGAUAACUGUCACCAUUACCAUGGGAAAGAAGAGGAAAUUCAACACUUUCGGUGAGAUCAGCGUGGACGCCUGGAAGGAGACCAUGAAUGAAUUCUUCUCCUUCGCCUUUCAGAUACCUAAGAGGUUCCUGUUCGUGAUUCAAUCGUGUUAUGCCCAGCUGAUGCACUGUGGACGCCUGCUGCUGGGGAUGGAUGAAGAGGCAGUAAAACAGCCAGACAACUUCCUCACUACCACAUAUGUGACCCAUCUGGAAACUUUAUUCACCAAGACCCAUCAUUUCCCUAAGAGGAUGCCAUUUAGUGAACCAUGCACCUACAACAUGGGCGGACUGUGGCGGGUAGUGGCAACCUUGGUGCGCUUUGCAUUUGAUCCUGAGAUGAAGGUGCACAAGCAGGCCAGAGGACUGAAGAUGCUGGAGCAACUGUACCACAACAAGAUGCUGAUUGAGGAGCGGAAAAAACCAGAGGCAGCAGCAGUAGAGCAGGACUUGUACAGCAAAGCACUUGAGGCUCUGGGUUCUGAGAAGGUCAGUGGUAUGUUGGUGUCUGCCAUCUUCAAGCUCCUGCACACUGUACUCCAGACGGACGGACGGAUGGAGCCUCAGUCCAGCUUGGCGUGGGAAGAGCUGCAUGAGAAUUUGGAGGCCUUCAGGAAGUGCAUCUCCAAGAGCAAACUCAAGUUUUUCCGCAAGGAGUACAACGUGUUAAAUGAAGCACUGCGGAGAUUCCUCAGUUCCAAGAAAGAUGGAAAGAAGAAGGGAGUGAAGAGAGGAGCAGGAGUUGGAAAUGAAGGUGGCAAGCAGCAGAGAAAUCAGAGGAAGAAAAGGAAGGUGGAGAAUGAAAACAACAUCAACAAAUUCUGUCCUUUUUCUGCUGGAGGAAAAUCUAAGGAAAAUGAAAAGAAACUCUCUGAAGAUAUAGCUGUAGUUAAAGACAAGGAAAAUACUCCAAUUCAACAUGACACAAGCAAGGUAAAGGAAGGAAACAAUGAAAGUAAUCCCAAGAAAGCCGGAAAGAAGGGAGUGAACAGAGGAGGAGUCGGAAAUGAAGGUGGCAAGCAGCAGGAAAAUCAGAUGAAGAAAAAGAAAAAUGAAAAUGAAAAGAAACCCUCAGAAGAUAGCACUAUAGUUAAAGACAAUGAAGGUAUUCUUGUUCAGCAUGACACAACCAAGGUAGAGGAAGGAAACAAUGAAAGUAAUUCUCCCCAAAAGGUAAUUGUCAAUGGAGAUGACAGUAACACACUUGACCAGGGACAGGGGAAUAUAAAAAAGAAGGUAUUAAAAAAGAAAAAGAAGGGAGUGAAGAGAGUAGCAGGAGUCGGAAAUGAAGGUGGCAAGCAACAGCAAAAUCAGAUGAGGAAAAAGAAAGAUGAAAACAUCAACAACAACUCUAGUCCUCUUUCUGCAGAAAAAGCUAAGGAAAAUGAAAAUGAAGGUACUCUAGUUCAGCAUGACACAAACAAGGUAGAGGAAGGAGACAAUGAAAGUAGUUCUCCCCAAAAGGUAAUUGUCAAUGGAGAUGACAGUAACACACUUGACCAGGGACAGGGGAAUAUAAAAAAGAAGGUAUUGAAAAAGAAAAAGAAGGGAGUGAAGAGAGUAGCAGGAGUCGGAAAUGAAGGUGGCAAGCAACAGGGAAAUCAGAUGAAGAAAAAGAAAGAGGAGAAUGAAAACAUCAACAACUCUAGUCCUCUUUCUGCAGAAGAAAAAGCUAAGAAAAAUGAAAAUACAAAAAAACUCUCAGAAGAUAGCACUAUAGUUAAAGACAAUGAAGGUACUCCAGUUCAGCAUGACACAAACAAGGUAGAGGAAGGAAACAAUGAAAGUAGUUCUCCCCAAAAGGUAAUUGUCAAUGGAGAUGACAGUAACACACUUGACCAGGGACAGGAGAAUGUAAAAAAGAUCACAUUAACCAGCAUUAAGGAUAACAAAGGUGUAAUAAACAUGAAACAAGUGGGAAAAAAUAGGAAAAAGAAAUCAAAUAGCAAACUCACAGGCACACCAACCAUUAUUAAGAAUGCUAGUAAAAUCUCAAUUGUUGGCAAUAAUGCUGGGGUUAAAAAAGGAAAAAAGAAAAUUAACAAGAUUGCAAAGAGAAAACAGGAAAAGAUAGAGAAGGAGACAGCUACUGUAGGAAUAAAGGCACAACAGAUCACUUCCUCCACCUUGACUUCCCCAGUUACUCCUAAACCAACCCCAAAAAAGAGAAAAAUUGCCUAGCUGGAUAUUAGCUAAAUGUCAAUAAGAGGCAACUACAUAUAUUUCCAUCAUGUGAACUCAUGUUCAUGUCUUCCUACACUGCUGUAACAAAUUAAUAGAAAAAAAAAAAUGUUAUCA